AUGUUUAAUUUUGAACAGAGAAACGGUAUUGAAAAAAAAAAUGAAAAGAAAAUAAAUUGUUUCGAUUAUUUGAACAAGAACAGUGAAAAGAACAAUGAAGAAAUAAAUAAAAUGUUAAAAAAUUUGAAAAAUGAGGAAAGAGAGUUACGAUUUCCUCUAUUAGACUUUUACUUUUUGAAUAAACAAUUUAAAUAUCAUAAUUUAAAAGAGAGUUUGGAGUUAAAAAAUAAUGUCAAUGAAUACAUUAACCUUAGACUUCUUGCGAAAGAAGUAUACCCAAAAGACUCAUUUUUUAAAAGGGAACAAAAAAAUAGGGAAAAUGCAGUAUACAAGAAAUUGAUAUCAAAAGGUAUAUGGACUAAUGCGAAGAAAGAUAACAGUGGUAUUAAAAACGACUGCAAUACUAACAAUGGAAACAGCAAUAGCAACAGCAAUAGCAACAGCAACAGCAACAUCAACAGCAACAUCAACAUCAACUACAGCAAGAGGUAUAGCAACCCAAGUGAUUACUUCAAUUUAACAAGGGAAAAAAAGCGGGAGAAUGAGAAAAAAGAAAAUAUAGUAUUACCUGAUUAUAUUCCUAAAAUAUGGAAAAAAAAUGAUAUCAUUGGAACAUUUAACCCUAUAUAUAACGCAAGAGACAAAAUUGUGAAUGAUAAUUAUAAUGAUUCCAUUCCUACCAUUGAUAUAUUUUACAAUUCCUCAAAAUUGCUUACAAUACAAACUAUUUUCGAACCAAUUAAUAAUUAUAUAUAUUUAUUACGUCUUUUACCAAAAUUUUGCUUGCCUUUAUAUGAUUCAGGUAUAUUACAAUAUGCAUGUGAAGAUCCUAUUUUAAACCCAAAAUUAAGAGGACUUGAAAUUUCUUAUAGAUUAUUAGUGCAUGAUAUUUUAUUUUAUGCUUUUUUUUCAUACUUGUCUGAUUUACCAUUUUGGGCAAAACCACCAAUAGAACUUCUACGAAUAUAUAAUUAUGAAAGUCUUUAUUCCUUUAAUGACUAUGAAUCUGAACAUACAGAAAGAUUAGUUUUUCAUAAUAUAAAAAAUAUCUUAUACAACUUCUCGGACACAUUGAAUAAAAUUGAACUACUUUAUCCUAAAAAUUAUUACAUCACUAUAUUUCCAAAUAUUUAUUUUAAAAAUAUUAUAGAUUUUUUAAAAAGUGAAAAUUUUAAGCUAAAAAAAAUUGUAAUCAUUUUGAAGGGGAAAAAUUAUAUUGAUGAAAAAAUGAUCAAUCAUAUUAAAAGUAAUCUUGAGAAUUAUAGAGGAAUGACAACUGAAAGUGUAAAAAAAGAUAUACCCCAUAAUUAUUCUUCCAUUAAGAAUUUUAAUCAAAACAGUAAUGAGGGAGAAAGAAAAGACACUAAAAGCGUAAUAGACGCUAUAAAAAAAUGCUAUGAGUCUAAUGAAAAUUAUUUACCUUCUAUUAAAUGUGAAUAUUCGCAUUCUCAUGAGGAUUCUAUGAAAAUAAAUGGAAAAAAAAAAAAGAAAAAAAAAAAUAUAAUAGAAGAAACAGGUAAUGAAAAAAAAGCUGACAAAGUAAAAUCUAACGUUUUAGAGAAAAAAAAUAAUGAAAAAGUGAAAAAUAGUAACAACAGCAAACGGAGUGAAUCGUGCGUAGAAUCAGAGAACAAAGACAAUCAUGUAGAGAAAAAUGGUAAAGAAUAUAAUAGAUAUUACACGAGUAAUGAGGAAAACUCGUUAAAUUAUAAGGGGAUAUGUAACACACUAUGCAGUAUCCCCACUAAUGAUUUAAAUACAGAUCUAGUUAAUGAGGAGAAGCAAAACGAUUGCAGCAGUGUUAGUAGUAGUUGUUUUAAGAAAUCUUAUUUGGAAGAUAAAUACAAUAACGAUGAAACUUACAACAGUGAUAAUAAUACAGAAUUCUGUAAAAUAAAAAACAAAGAAAAUGAUACUAGUGAUAAUUCCUUUAAAUUAAAAGAUUAUGUAGACAUAUCAGAUAAAUAUAACAUUGACACUAAAGUGUACAAUAUGUAUUAUCAACAAAAUGAUAACUACAAGAAGGAAAAUACAUCUAUUUUUGAAAGGAAAGAAAAAAAAAGUUCAGAAAAUAGUAAUUGUAAUAACUCUUCCCACUCAUCAUAUAGUGAAGAUGAUGAUACAGACGAUGAAAAUAUUGAUGGUUUCUUUAAGACAAAAAAGUUAAGAAGUACAGUAUAUGACCAAAACAAUUUUUCCUUUUCAAAAUUUAUGAAUAAAAUUAUAAAUUAUGAAAAAAUAAUUGACUACUUAAGUAAUGACCCUCAACGUCAAGAAAAAGAAGAUUCAAAAAUUAAGUUUUAUAUUAAAUUAUUGCUAUUUGAAAAAUCGAACUCAACCUAUGACAUUAAUGAAAAUACGAAUAACACAAAUGAAGUGAGACGUCUAUCUUUGGAUACAGUUAAUGAAGAAAACGAUGCAGUAAACAAUGAGGAAAGACAAGAGAUUGAUAUAAGUCCAACACACCAUGAAAAUGAAAAUAACAUGGAGGAUAUUGAGGUAACAGAAAAGGAUGAACUUUCCCUUGUUGAGGAUGUCACUGGCAUAAUUCCUAGUAUCAAUAAUGAUAUGAAAAGUGACCAAUCCAUACCCAUCGAAAAAAACUGUGAUAUAUGUUCAAAUAAAGAAGAAGAAAAUGUUUUUAAUAGGGGUAUAUAUAACAGUACACAAAAUUCAUCUGAUUACAUUGGUAAUCUAAUAAGGAAUUUAAGGGAAACAUAUGGAACUACUAAUUUCUUAUCAUUUCAUAACGAUGCGGAAGAGACACAGGAAAGCGAAUUCAACCUGGUCGACGUGCCAGAUGCCCAAUCCAGGGUGACCUUUAACUUUAACUAG